CGGAAACAAAACAUGUGCUAUGUGCUAUCAUGGCGAAUUUUCUUGAUCAUCAACAUCACUUUUAACAAGUUGUGCAACUAGUGUGCAAUUGUUAUGGGAUUAACUUUAAAUGUGCAGUAUUUUUACCUAUAUGACCUAUUUUCAUUGUUUUGUGCAACAUAACUAUAUUUCGUUAAGAUGAGUGUCGACGCGUAUGGCCCAAGUUCUCAAACACUCACAUUCUUAGAAACCGAAGAAGCAGAUCUAAUCGGUGCUGACACACAAGGAUCUGAGUUUGAAUUUACAGACUUUACAUUACCAUCUCAGAGCCAAACACAAGCAUCACAACACGAUCAUGGAAUAACUUCAUCCAACCAAAUUAAUGGACUCGGUCGUGGAGACCUUCAUUCGAAAGUAUCAAGUGUAGCUAAUGCAAUUGCGGAACUGCAAUUCGAAGAGGAGGAUGAAGCCUUGUAUAGUAGCAAGGAACUGCCAGAACAUGCUUGCAAGUAUUGUGGCAUUCACGAUCCCGCCACAGUUGUUAUGUGUAACAUCUGCAACAAGUGGUUUUGCAAUGGGCGCGGAAACACUUCUGGAUCUCAUAUCAUUAAUCAUCUAGUGAGAGCUAAACAUAAAGAAGCAGCACUUCAUAGAGAUGGCCCAUUGGGAGAAACAUUAUUGGAAUGCUACUCAUGUGGGGCUCGUAAUGUUUUUGUUCUCGGUUUUAUACCAGCAAAAGCCGACUCAGUUGUUGUCCUUCUGUGCCGACAGCCAUGUGCCGCCCAAAGCUCUCUUAAGGAUAUGAACUGGGAUCAAGAGCAAUGGAAGCCACUAAUUUCUGACCGUGCAUUUCUGUCUUGGCUUGUAAAAGUGCCUUCUGAAGCUGAACAAAUGAGGGCAAGACAAGUGACUCCUCAACAAAUUGGACGUCUUGAAGAACUAUGGCGCGAUAAUGUCGAUGCUACUUUCCAAGAUUUAGAAAAACCGGGUGUAGACGAGGAGCCCCAUCAAGUACUCCUGAGAUAUGAGGAUGGAUAUCAAUAUCAGAAUAUAUUUGGUCCUCUCGUUAAACUAGAAGCUGAUUACGACAAGAGGCUCAAAGAGUCACAAACCCAGGAAGGCAUAGAGGUGCGUUGGGAUGUGGGUCUCAAUAAGAAAACUAUUGCAUAUUUCACCCUGGCCAAAACAGAUAGUGACAUGAAACUUAUGCAUGGAGACGAACUGAGAUUGAGAUAUGUUGGUGAGCUACAUAAAGCAUGGUCUGGUGUUGGCCAUGUCAUUAAAGUUCCUGAUAAUUAUGGUGACGACGUCGGUUUAGAACUGAAGAGUGGGGCCGGAGCACCCCUUGAAUGUACUUCCAACUUUGUUGUUGAUUUUAUAUGGAAAAGUACAUCAUUCGACAGAAUGCAACUAGCUCUACGUAAAUUUGCAGUAGACGAUUCCUCAGUCUCUGGGUACAUCUAUCGUCGUCUGCUAGGUCAUGAGGUAGAAGAGGUAUUGUUCCGCGUACACCUGCCGAAACACUUCAGCGCACCGAACUUACCCGAUCUUAACAGAUCUCAGGUGUAUGCAGUCAAGCACGCACUCCAACGUCCAUUGUCUCUGAUCCAAGGUCCUCCGGGUACUGGGAAAACCGUUACAUCUGCGACCAUUGUAUACCAGCUCGUACGCCAAAACGGUGGUCCUGUACUCGUAUGCGCUCCGUCCAACACUGCCGUAGACCAACUGACUGAGAAAAUACAUCGAACCGGUCUGAAAGUCGUUCGUCUCUGUGCUAAAUCCAGGGAGGCUAUGGAAUCUUCAGUUUCCUUCUUGGCCUUACACGAACAGGCACGGGCCUUGGGCUCCGCUGAUAGUGAACUUCGCAAGUUAACUAGGCUGAAGGAGGAGGCUGGUGAAUUGUCUGCGGCUGAUGAGAGGAGGUACCGUGCGCUCCGUAGAGCGGCCGAGAGAAGAUUGCUUGACGCGGCCGAUGUCGUAUGUACUACCUGCGUCGGUGCUGGCGAUCCCAGGGUUGCACGGAUGAGGUUCCAGUCCAUCCUCAUCGAUGAAGGCAUGCAGUCUACGGAACCUGAGUGUAUGGUGCCCGUAGUGCUUGGAGCGAGGCAAUUAAUCCUCGUCGGUGACCAUUGUCAGUUAGGUCCAGUGGUUAUGUGCAAAAAAGCCGCCAAAGCUGGUCUCAGUCAGAGUCUUUUUGAACGGCUCGUAGUUCUAGGCAUUCGCCCCUUCCGCUUAGAAGUGCAAUAUCGUAUGCACCCAGAGCUCUCCCGCUUUCCGUCAGACUUCUUUUACGAAGGAUCACUUCAGAAUGGAGUUAGUGCGGAGGAGAGACGAUUGCACAAAAUCGAUUUCCCAUGGCCAAGACCCGAUAGGCCUAUGUUCUUUUACGUUACUCAGGGUCAAGAGGAAAUAGCUGGAUCGGGAACAUCGUACCUAAAUCGAACGGAAGCCGCUAAUGUUGAAAAGUUGACGACUCGCUUCUUGAAAGCUGGUGUUCGUCCGGAACAAAUCGGGAUCAUCACUCCAUACGAGGGUCAAAGAUCAUACCUCGUUCAGCAUAUGCAGUAUCAAGGCAGUCUGCACGCUAAGCUAUAUCAAGAAAUCGAAGUCGCCAGUGUGGACGCUUUCCAGGGCCGGGAAAAAGAUAUCAUAAUAAUGUCCUGCGUCCGGUCCAACGAACAUCAAGGAAUCGGGUUUUUGAGCGAUCCGCGUCGCUUGAACGUGGCUUUAACACGCGCCAAGUACGGCUUAAUUGUGGUCGGGAAUCCGAAAGUUCUCAGCAAACAGCCGCUGUGGAACCACCUGCUGGCCUUCUACAAGGAGCGACGUGUGCUAACAGAGGGACCUUUGUCUAAUCUGAAAGAGUCGGCGAUACAGUUCGCAAAGCCGAAGAAGUUGGUGAACGCUCAGAACCCUGGCUCGCACUUCAUGUCGACGUCGAUGUUCGACGCUCGCGAGGCGAUGGUCCCAGGAUCCGUGUACGAUCGCGCCCGUCCUCCUCGCGACCCACUCGCCUACGUCGGCCACGAGCACGCGGCGUCGCUUCACGCUCCCGUCCCGCCGGCAGCUUUCGCCGCUCACCGUCCGCAGCAACGCGCCCCGCCGGACGCGACGCGUUCCCGCCGUCGGCCGCCGCGUCUCUCACAGGAGCCGUUGUCUCAACAGCCGCCGCUGUCACUGUCACAGGGAGCGUCGCAGCCGGACUUCAGCCAGGAAUCGUCCGCCCCGGACUGCCCGUCGCAGCCGGACGGGUUGCUGUCCCAGGACUCCACGUACCAGGGAGGGUUCCGCGCGCGCUGUGCCCAGUACUGAGAGCGUCCGCGUAGCGCGCCCCCGGGGCACAGACACGGGACCGACGGAGCCGCAGCACCGCCCGCCCGCGGCAGACGACCGACGACCGUCCGCGACGCACACGGCACACGACCGAACACUGUGUCGCGGCGAGCCACACGGCGAGCCUUCGCGUAAGCUUCUAUUGUGUGAAGGGAAAAUUUGUUCAUAAAUUACAGGAAUAGCAAUAGGGACGUUUCGAUUUAAACGAAACUAUUCGGGAAAAAAAAUAAUAAUCGGUUUCAUAGUACGUGUUAGUAACUAUAAAAUUUCUAGUUAAACCGCGCGACCGGCGAGCACAAAGUUCAUGUUUAAAUGUUUAAUACCCUAAUUGUGUAACUAAAUCCGAUUGAGAUGGUACCGGACGAAGAGCUAAGGUACGACUUCAUUAUCAUUCGCCCUUCAGUAGUUUACUUCUUUAUUUUAAAAUUUAAAAAAAAAAAAACAAGAAUAAUAGUAUGAUAGAUUUUUAGGGCAAACUUCAUUGUGGUUUCGUUUCAUUUCUUUAUUAUCAUCUAUGUAAGAAAUUAUAAAAAUCAAUGCUCUAUAUUAGACAAUAUUGUGUCAGCAAUAAAUACCUUAUUGUUUUUCCUUCAUUUAAACAUAAUUUAUAAAAAAAAAGAUACAAUAGCAUGAACUUAUGUAAAUUUUAAAAGUACUUAUUUACUUUUCAUAUUAUAAAUAUCGUUAUAACACUUGAUUGUUACAAAUAUUGAUGUAACUAAAGAAUGUGUAUUACUAACUGUACUGUUAAAAUAUUGAUUCAAUAUUUUGAUUUUGUUUUUAAAAACAUUAACAAUGGCACUAGAAAUCGUAACACGACACAUAGUUUUUGACUCAAAUUAUAUCUGUUUGAUAAAUUGAUAAUAUCGAAAGAAACGUUUGUAUGAAAAUUUUAUUCUUUUUAUAAAUGAGUAUAAUAUAUAAAUUGUUGGACAACCUUUAUGCACUAAAACGCUCAAAACGUGACAAUUGUUAACGUGAAGGAAAAUCAAUAAAGACUUUCAUUUA